AUGUAUGAAGACCUAGGGCCGGCACCGGGUGGAGACGCGAAUGCCCCACCGCCCCCACCAGCAGCAGCCGCUGCGGCUCCUCCUCCCCCGCCUCCUGCUGCGGCUCCUGCCCCUGCUGCUGACGCCCCCGCCGCGCCUAGCCAAGCCGGUGCUGCGCCUGAGGGAGGAGGUGGCGGUGAAGGUGACAAGACGACGGCGACCACGGUGGCCGAGGAUCCGCCGUCGAAGAAGAAGGCAAAAGCCCAGACCUCGUUGAUGGGCGAACCGACGAUGAUGGGCGGUAUCCCGCAGCCGAAGAAGAAGACCGGAUUGCCUGGCUGGGUGGCCCCGUUGUUUUGCGUGCCGUUGGGGCUUGCCGGAUUGGGGCUGGGUGUGAUGAUGGUCGUCGUGGUGGUGAUGGAGGACGCCGCCAUCAACUACAUGAUAACAAAUGCA